AGUGUUGUUCUAUUACUGCAACUUCCGCAUGACUUCCAUCUUCUGUCUCUUCUACUAUAUGAGUCUUUAUAACAGUUACACAUAGUAGAGAAAAUCCCUGCCUUCUCAGUACGGUAAAAUAUCUAAUUCCAGCUGUUUGAAAGUGAAACAUUCGAUAAUAUGUCUUUCAUGUCCCAAUGGAUGAGAUAUUUUAGAGUCAAGGAUCUAGGCCCAAGGUACCCUCGCUGGGUCAAAGUUUUUUUAGCCCUGUCUUCAAUCCCAGUGAUAAUUUUGGCUAUUGUUUCGAUUGUAUUGCUUAUUCUGAAGUCAAGGUCUUCAACGAUAACGUCGUAUUCGUUGGUCGCUUUGGCAUUGGUACUCCUUAUUGCACUUCUUCAAAGGAUUGAUCUUGUACGGACGUGUCUGACAAGAUUAUUUCCAUCUACAUUUGGUUACAGAAAAGGUAUUUGUGGGGUUGUAAUAAGCUCCAAGCCCCUCAGGGACAUUCUCCUUUCUAUUGAUGAGUACUUGCCUUCUGAAGACAAAAACCAAGAAAUACAAGAAGAGUAUAAUAAAUUUUUAAAUGAUGUCAAAGUUGAACUAGAGGAGAGAAUGAUCACUACUACAUUCUCUUCAUUAUUUGUUGGAAGUGUAGCAGAAAGAUUUGGUAUUCCAAUUGAACAUGGUAUACUAAUUCCAAGAAAAGUGGAUGCUUUAUUGUGCGAUGUUGAUGUCAUGUUAUGUUGUGAUACAUUUGAAGCUUCAUUCAGUGGCCAAGGRAACAUUCACAUUGAAGACCUAAAGACAGAUAGAACAGACUCUUCAGCAUAUUGUCAAGUCAGUUUUCAGGGCCAAACUCCACACCAAAAAGUAUUGAAACCCGGUGUCAUCCUUGUCAAUGUAAAAGAUGCUGUGCUUUCUUCUAAAGCAACCAAUCUCCCUUUACGAUUCCCUUGUGUAUACUGUUGUGAAACAAUUCAUGUAAAUAUCAAAGGUCCGACCAUUAAGUUUCUUGUGGGUCAUGACAAAUUUGAAGGUGACAUCACAUUUUGUAUUAAAUGCGUUGAGUGGCCUCCAUUAAGUGAUUGGCCAAGSAGAGAACGAUUAUGGCCCAGCACAGAUGAUGUACAAAGGAUCACUUCCAAUGGYAUUCACUUAGUUGCCAAGCCAUUACCACCACAAAAUAAAGAAMAAGAGUUGCCAUCUUGGAGGUUUUCAUUCUCAUUAGCAGAAUUUGAACUGUCAAAACUUUUACCAGGUACAGCCAGAAAAUGUUUCAUGGCUCUCAAAAUCAUCUUCAAGGAUCACUUGCAAACAAUUCUUCCAAAUCUCUCAUCCUAUCACAUGAAGACAAUCUUUCUUAAUACUCUUGAGAAGAAACCAGAAAGUUUCUGGGAUGAUGAGAAUAUUGAAGAAUGCUUUGCACUGCUGCUAGAGGAAUUACACACUGCACUGGAAUCUGAAUUUUGCAAUCAUUACUGGCUUAGAAACCAUGUAAAUCUGUUCGACUUUCAAAACAAAWCUGACAAAAAGAGACUUUCUGUUCUUGCUAGAAAAGUGAAGAAGAUUCAAUCAAACCCAGCUCCAUACAUAAUUGAUGACAGUUGUUGUGGGUGUUUAUGUUGUGUUUCCAAGACAAACGUGGAAAAUGAGCAAACUUUACUGGUCAAUUCAGAAGAUGAAAUGUUAUUGACUGACAUAGUAUGAAGUUAACAUGACGAUGUGUUAUCAACCUUAAAACCUACAAACUUCGUAACGCAACAAAAAAGCCAAAAAAAAACCAUGCACUAUACCACACCAUACCUGUAUAGCACUAAAUAUAGGAAGUAUCCCCCGGGGUUAUCAGUUUAGCAAGCGCAUGCAAGAUACAUGUAAACGGUGUAAGCUGGAAAACACCAAUUGAACUAAGUCGCGUUAGUCAUCUAGCUAUAAUAUCAGUACAUCGUCAAUUUCAGUUGAACUUCAGUUGUAAAGACGUAAAGACAUUUCCAGUUACUUCUACCCUUUUCAAGUUACUUCUACAUUAUUUCCAGUUAUUUCUACCUUAUUUCCAGUUACUUCGACCAU